UUUUAAUAAUUUAUUCAUCGUUGUUUUUAUUUUCCUUUCCUUCUCAUGGUCGUGCGUAUUCAUGUUUGAUGCAAAUACAUAACCAUUAAACCAAUUGAUGGGGGUAUACUCUGGAUUGCACCAAACCGAUAUUGAUUGAAAGCAUUUCUCUAUACUACCAUAGCAUUGCCUGACCACUGCAGGCACUUGAUUGACAUGAAGAUGUUUAGUAUAUAAUUAUACAAAAAGGUCAUUACACCUGUGAGUGCUACCAACGGACAAUGGAUAUACCUGUUGUAUUUGAACGUGUUGCUUGUCCAUCCAGUUGCGGCGAGGAAAAGAAAAGUGGGCUUAGAAAAGUUAUGUAAUAUAGGAAUUACUAGUACUUGUCAUUAAGGAUUAAGUCCUCUUUCUUUAUGGCUAUCUCGACACUACAGAUCUGGUCAUGAGCUUGACAUAAGUAUUGAAGACACCUCCUGUGGAAGGUUCUGAAGUAUACAAAAGUGGACAAUAAACAAAAAUCCUUGGAGCAGAUGGUUGUUAUCAGUCACAGAAAAACACCAACAAAUGGAAGAGACUGGCAAUAAAAAAGACGUUUGUACUGAAUAUAAAUAUAACCCCACAGAAGAAGAACUCUAGCCGUUACAUCGUUGGCUGAAGGUCAAGUAAACCAUUUCCAGAGUGAGCACCAGGAAAAGAAAAUGAGAUUUACCAAAUUCCGAUGGAAAUUAUUCGGUUCUCUGGCUGCAUCAAUUUUCCUGUGGACUGUAUUAAGUUCUAAGGGAAAUGAAAGUGAGCUGACAGUGGAAUAUGAUUUUCCGAAGUCUGUGUGUAACGACAGUGAAAAUAAUGUAUACGUCCAUCAUUUCUAUCUGCACAAUGACCCCAAUAACAAGAACCAUUCGUAUUCAUUGAGGGCACAUAACCCUUUUCACCUCCAGAAUCCAGGAUUGUGUUUUGAUGACCAUGCAUUAGAUUUCCUUGUACUGAUCAACACGGAACCUAAUCACUUUCUGCGGAGGAAAGUCAUACGCAUGACUUGGGGAGACGUGAAUCUCCCAGGCUACCAGAAGUAUGGGAAUUUCAGAAUUUUAUUCUUGGUGGGAAAAUCACCUUCUAAGAAAAUUCAGAAAGCCGUUGAGAAGGAGGCGGUGAAACACGGGGAUAUUUUGCAGGGAAGAUUUUCUGAAGCACCCAACAACCUCCCCCAAAAAGCCCUUUUGGGUCUCAGAUGGAUCGCUGAAUAUUGUUUGAAGGCAAAAAUGAUACUACGUAUUGAGGACACUGUAAUUCUAAACAUGUUUGAAAUAUUACGCGAGUAUAAAUCUAGGUACAGCUGCACCAAAAAUUUUAUGAUGUGUAAAUUUGUCAAGCAAAGGAUAAAAUUCAUGGAUCACGAAAACCUGAAAAAGAUGAACCUGUCUCCAACAAUAACCCAUUGCAAAAGCAAAGCUGUAAUGAUGACUCGAGAUAUGAUUUUAUCCAUAUAUCACGCGGCGCCUCAUAUGACGCCAUACUGGUCAGAUGAAGUGUACGUCUAUGGCAUGUUGCCCGCUCAAAUUCAGGAGAAAACGUUGAAAUCUUUUAAACAAUUUGAGGAGAAUUCUGAUCGAGCCAUAGAUUGUUACGAGACGAACCAAAACAAUUGUGGAUUAGUUGCUAUAGACACUCAAACGAGAAGCCAUCACAAUAUUUUAUGGUUUCAUAUUAAACAUUACUUUGCAUAAAUGUGACAAUAACUAGGCAUCCCAGGGGGAUCUUAUUGAUUUUCCUAUAUUAAGAGAAUUUUAUUUCUCUAGGUCUAUAAUUAUUCCCAAGGCAUCUAUCCAACCUGCCUAAUUGUUUACGUAAAAAAAUAACAAAGGAGUAAAAAACAAGAUAGAUUAAUGUCAAGGAUUAUCUAAAAUAAAAGGGUAUCCUUGGCAUCUCGGUGCGAUUAUCCUCUAUUCAAAUAAAAAAGGUACAUGUAGUUCCAAAUGGUUAAACCUUUUAAUAACUAACAUAUACAUGUACUUUAAAUAUGGGAAUAUGUGCGCUCCGGACAGAAAAGUAUAAACUUAAAAAAAAUUAAUACAAGUGAAAAGUUGUCCAUAUAACGAAGAAUGACAUUGUUACGUAGUGUCACUGUAAAGACACUAGAUCGCUAUACAAAUGAUGUGUACAUGCACGUAGCAUGGGGGUGGGGUGGGGGGGGGGGAGGAAACAUUUUUCUUAAAUUUACAUUAAAAAAAUGAUUUAUCAUGGAGUUGCCCAACCCCCCCCCCCCCCCAAAAAAAAAAAUUGCGAAGCAUUCAAAAAUUUGAAGUGCAAAAAAUGGAAGUUAUACAUAUAGUAAUUUCUCUCUCCCCCCCCCCCCCCCCACCCCGACGGAUUAGAAUUUUCACGAUUUACGAACUCUGUGCUUGGUGUAUAUCAAUCAUAUGGGAGUGGAUAGAUCGAAGGAAGUCGAACAAUAACAAGGAAAAGAGGAUAUACUAGAAUAUAAUGAUGAAAAAAUUGCAUACUGAUUGAUAGAGCUGGGCAAUUAAGAAGUUCAUGUGUUGCAUAAAAAUGAUUAGAUAUAUUGCCAUUAGGAAAGAAUUGUCUGAGGAAGAAAAGAUACUUGGGAUGUUCAUGCAGUUUUGAAAAGCUUUAAUUAAAAUCCAUCAUUCUGUCUCCUAUAAACUGUGCCAAGAUUUACUGUUGGCAUUGCAUAGUUAUUUUUU